UCAACUUUCAUAGAAAGGUCUCGAUCACUGCUGAUUGGUUCGGGAAUAAAGAGAUGUAAUUUUAAAACUAAAUAUUGAUUAAACGAGUUCAUUUUGUUUAAAUAUAUAUCUGCACAUUCAUUCCUAGUGGUCGUAAUCAUGUAUAAUUCAUUUGUCUAGAUUAACAAUAGGCAGUUAGAUGAUUAGAGUGCAUAAUAUAUAUGUUUCGGUCUUUUUAAAUCCCGCCAGGUGUAAGCUACCGAUACACGCGAUCCUAGUUACCGUCUGCUCGCCUCACGCGGGAUUCCUGGCAGACAUUGGUUGUCUUUGGAUAUAGUUCCAGAGUCUGGGAAUUGCAAUUUUGAGGGAACUUUGAAUAUGGCGCAAGAAUUAUUACCCGAGGAGAAAAGCAAAAUUGUUGAAGAGCUGAAACCAGCCGUACAAGACUACAGUCACCAGGAUAGUUUAUUCGGGAAUGCGUUCUCAUCAAAGGCCUACUUUAUUGUUCACCCAGAAUGGCUAUCAGAAAAUGUAGAUCCGCCCAAAUCUCAGCCACUGCCAAGGAAACCCUGGCCCUGGGAGCAACCCAAAUAUCGCCAGAACGUUCAGCGAUACGUCAAUGGCGAGAUGACCCCAGAUACCUCAACAAAUGGUCUGAAUUCACCGGCCCCAGAGUUCGAUAUUCCUGAACCCGGCUAUUCAUUUACCCAACCCCUGAAAGGUGACUACGAAUCAGAAAUAUUGGACAAAAAGCCUGAACUGGAUUUAAGUACGAAACGUUUGUUUUAAUAAUUUAGUUACCGAAAGUUAUAAAUCACGAAGAAUGUCUGACGAUAUGAAUGGUGAUCGAUCAAGAACUCCAUCCAUGGAAAACUCAUACAUUAGUCCUUAUUUAGCAAUGCUCACGGACACAAUGUUGCUAAUGCUAGAUGUUACCGCUUCCAGUAUUAUAAUGUACAACAUAUGUGUGCAAUGAAUAAUUUAUUUUCACGUUAGUAAACCAUCAUUUUUU